AGUCAAGUGAGUUCACUUCCUGGUUACCGCGGUUCUCUUCCUGUCGCUUUGUUUGGCAGCGCGUUGUCUAUUUCCCGGGCUUCCAGGAGCUCGCGGUGGAUCCGGCGAGAGAGGGAACGUUUGUGUCAGUCUGAGGCGGCACUUCUACGUCAUUUGCCCUUAUGAGGAACUGAUAUGAUGUCUGAGGAAGCAAGUGGCACCGUAAUGGGGAAUAAGGAGAGAAUUGUGACUCUCACACUGGAGAUGAUCUAUCUGCUGACUGGAGAGCACUACAUCCCUAGGAAGAAGUCAGAUGAUGGGGGGGCCCUGCAUGCCCCUGGCUCCGUCAUACAGAAGGAAAAUAACAAGAAUGACAAGAAGAUCCUGGAACUCAUGUCCAACAUCAUCCAGCUGCUGACUGGAGAGGAAUGGGGAUGUUUAAAAACAAACGCAAUCUCUCACGGUGAAACAAAAAAAGAAAAUCCCCAGCAGCUCUAUUUACCAGAUUGUGAUUAUGAAGACAAGGCUGACAUCAACAUCAAUCUGAAUGCAACUGUUUGUUUUGAUAAUGAAUCAAACACAAAUGUAGAUAAAGGAGCAAAUAGGUGGGAAGCAAGAAAUGUCCCAAAGUCAGAAUUUCUUCCAGAGGAACAGCCCUGUGCAGCAAAUAGUAUUAAGGAGGAGUCUGAAUUGUGCAAAGCAGAAUACCGUCCAGACUGCAGCUUUAAUCCACUUGGAAAACAGAUACAGGGAACCGAUACACCUACUGCUAACGUAGGAAGCAGCAUGAAUAGCAGUUUGUCCGAUAAUUACCUGUUAAAAACUAUUAAGGAGGAGCCAGAUUCAUGUGAAGAAGAAAAACUUUCCGAUUACAAAAUUAUUACCGUUUCAGAACCAGUAGCAGAAGAUCAGAAUCCUGCCCCAUCCUGUAGCCAAAAUAACCGAUCAUUGCCUAAUUACGUGUCAAACACUAUUAAAGAAGAGCCCUAUGAUGAGGAACAUUUUAGUGACUACAGAAUUAUUACAGUUACUGACCCCACACAGGUAGCUGGUACCUCUCCCCACAGCACAGAAAACGGUGAAUAUGACAGCAGUAUGGCUGCAUGCACGUCUCAGCUAAGUAAAAGUGCUCUGAACGUAAUGUUUAACUGCAACGUGUGCCAUACAGCGUUUAACAAUAAAAGCAAUCUUGUCAGGCAUCAGAGAAUUCACACAGGAGAGAAACCAUUUUCCUGUUCUGACUGCGGAAAAUGUUUUACACAGCGCGCUGACCUGAAUGUUCAUCGGAGAACUCACACAGGAGAGAAACCAUUCACUUGUUCUGUAUGUGGGAAAGGUUUCACCCGUCGCACACAACUAAAUAUCCACAACAGAAUUCACACCGGAGAGAAACCAUUUUCCUGUUCGGAGUGUGGGAAAUGUUUUAGGCAGAGCUCGCAGCUCUUUCUACAUCGUAGAAACCAUACAGGAGAGAAACCAUUUUCUUGCUCCGAGUGUGGGAAGUGUUUUAAAUGGCGCUCUCUCCUUAUCAAGCAUCACAAAACUCACACUGGAGACAAAUCGUUUACUUGCGCCGACUGCGGAAAGUGUUUUAAAAAAUUCUCGCGGCUCACGGAGCACCGGAAGUGUCACACGGGCGAAGAGCCGUUUGUUUGCUCUGAAUGUGGGAAGUCUUUUGCACAGAGCCCACAGCUGGAUUUGCACAUGAGAAUUCACUCAGGAGAGAAAGAGUUUGCUUGUUCCGACUGCGGGAAGUGUUUCAAGCGCAUCUCGCUGCUCAGUGAGCACAUGAGAAUUCACACCGGAGAGAACACAUUCACUUGUCCCGAAUGUGGCAAAUGUUUCACACAGCACUCGCACCUUCUUGCUCAUCAGAAGGGUCACAUGGGGAAGAAGCCUUUUUGCUGCUCUGAAUGUGGCAAGCGGUUUAGGCAAAGUACUCAGCUUUACCUGCACCAGAAGGCUCAUGCCGGAGAGAAACCAUUUACUUGUGCUGAAUGUGGCCAGUGGUUUAAACUAUACUCGAUCCUUGUCGAACAUCAAAAGUGUCACACCGGAGAGAAACCAUUUUCCUGUUCUGAAUGUGGCAAAUGCUUUAAACGUCACACGCUCCUUACUGAGCAUCAGAGGAUUCACACAGGCGAGAAUACGUUUUCCUGUUCUGUAUGUGGGAAAUGUUUCACACGCCACUCUCACCUCACUGCACAUGAGAAGAUCCACCUGAUCAACAGACCAUUUCCGUUUUUUAAUCUGUAAAAUAUUUCAAGCAUCAGGCUGGCCUUACUACCGACCUCAUAAGGCACCUGGGAAAUAAAAAGAUUUCUUGUACGGAAAUCGGCAGUUGCUUCUUUCGGUGAUUGUACAAUGAGAUGGAACCACAGCACAGACUUGGUGCAAGAAUCUCAUACACUUGUAAUAUAUGAAGGCAGUAUUGACAAUUACAGUAUGUACAGUAACAACGAUGCCACACUAUUAAAGGAACUGAAAUCACUAAUGGACUAAACUUUGUUGGUUACUCGUGAAACAAGUUGAGUGAGCUCGGAGCUAUCACUGUGUGCCUUGCCGUCCCCCAGGUGCAGAAUAAUGACAUUUAUUGAUUCACUAAGAAGGCAGCAUUCACAGAAGCAUUGAUCUGAGCAGGGACAGGCUUUACAGUGACAUGGGCCAAUGUAGUUACAACUGUCGUGGGGCCUGAAUUUGUUGGAUCUGAGACAAAUCAUGAUUAAUGCCCUAUGCUGUCCGGAUUUAUAUGCUGCUUAGCCUCAUUGACCCCAGCACUGAUUGCUUGCUGCUAGUUUCCAUCACGCUCCACUGGUUUUGGGAGCUAGAUUGUAGAUGUUAAGGUGGGAAGUAAAAGCUGCCUGGAAUCUGACAGUUGCUCUUUAUAGUGGUGAAUUGUAGUAGUAGUGCCCCAGGCUAUAUUUUAGCUAUUAUUUUAGAGAUAUUUAUCAGUCAUUUAUGAAAUCUGCUGUCUUCCUGCUUUUUUCCCCAUGUGCCCUAAGAGUUCUGAGCUGUGAAAUUAUCUUACAACUUGCUGUAAGUUCUAUAGCACAUGUGGCAGCCAUCAAAGAUACCCUCUGCCAUUCACAUGGGUGGGGAUCACCCUGCAGGGGCAGUUACACAGGAAAAUAUGUUUGCCUGUUCUAAAAUAAUAAUCAUAGAAGCCUUUCCCCCCAAAUGUCUUAGCACCUUAACCCUACGGUUUCCCUUACGUCAUGCCCUUACUUCCCUAAAAUGUAAUCUGUUAUAUAAUCUGUUAUGGGCAUGGCCCUGGACCCAGUGCUUUGUGUUGUAUUUUUAUCCCCCCACCUUAUAGAUACACCAGUGGUGAGAACAAAAUUAUUAUGAACUUGCAAAAGCAAUUAUGUUAAAUGAUACUUAUCCAAAACACUAAUGAGUUCAAUUGCACCCACUAAAUUAGUCCCUGGGGGAUAAAGUGGUUAAUGCCGACCCCUUUGACUU